UAUACCAUAACAAAUAUUGUUGCCUUCAAGUGCUGUCGGAUGAUUUCUAAUCAUAGGUUAGCCCUCACGAAUCUUUCAAGCCUUUCGGUGAUGUGUUUCGCGUAAAUAUUAACGAUUGUAUAUUGACGUGCAGCCGUUGAAAGCUUAAUUAAUGCCCCAGUUACAAAUCUAUCAUUUUCUUUUUUCGUUGCCACACAAGCCUUAAGUAUGUGAAAGAAAUUUAGUUUUACUACAUCAAAAUAUAACAUUUUUAAUUUCCUAAAGCUACCAUUGCCUUUGUUUCUUAGCCAGAUGAAUAAAUGAAUUUUCUAGUAAGCAGGACCAUUAUCAAGACCCUUGAAUGCAUCGUACGUCAUACGGUAAAAAGGGGCAGCUGGGCUCUCCCAACAACUCGGGAGAGAUCUCCCUUGACAAUUUUAACAGUUUAAUAAUCCCUGAAAUCUAACGUUAGCGGACAAAACCAUACUAAGACAAACUUUGCUAACAGUUAGUAGUUAGCUAGUUGGUUAUAGUAAGUGAGUGAGAGGGGUUGGCAACCCUUUAACUGAUCAGCUGUGAUCACGUUCAGCAGCAUUUGUGGUCCGUUAAAAGAAGCCAUACGUGCUUCUCCGACAGAUUUUUAUGGAGGCUGUUUUGAGCUGUAAACCUGAGGAUUUGGAGGAUUACUACGGGUUACUGGGAUGUGAUGAACUGUCAUCGACUGAACAGAUUCUCAAUGAAUACAAGAUUCGAGCCUUGGCAUGUCAUCCAGACAAACACCUCGACAGCCCAAGAGCAGUGGCAGAUUUCCAGAAGCUGCAGGAAGCCAAAGAGGUUUUAUGCGAUGAAACCAAAAGGAAAAACUAUGAUCUUUGGAAAAGAAGCGGAGUUACGAUCCCAUUCCAUGACUGGCAGGCCUUGAACGACUCAGUGAAAACUUCAAUGCACUGGGCUGUGAGAAAUAAGAAGGAACCAAUGUUGGAGGCCUCCAAACCAGAAGACCCCAUCACGUCACAAGCAGAGAGCUUUCACUGUGAGCAGCAGGAAAUGGGGAAAUCUUCGUGUGAAAGCACGACAUACUCGGGUGAUUUCUGCCAUCGACGCUUCCGCUGGGCUGGUGACUCUCCAUCGAAUCUGCUGCGGAAAUUCCGAAAUUAUGAAAUCUGAAUAUCUUAAAACUUUCAUGUUGUCUAAGUGUU